UUCACUAACCAAUUAAACCAAACCAUCCCAGCAUACCUCGCGUGUGCAACGGCUUCUGACUUUAUGCUCAUUUAAAUAUUUUGUAGGCCUGUUCUGGAUUAAUAGGUCAAGAGUCUGGACCAUAUUGGAUUCUCCUACCAUUACCGUGCAAAGCACUUUAUAUAGUCAAACAAAGCACGGUGUGUGAUAGAGGCUACCUGCUGAAGCUAGCUAACGUUGGCUAGCAAGUGAGUUCGGGACUAAACCGGGAGGCAGCUAGCUACGGAUCUGAACAAGACUUCGUAAUCAGAUGGAACUGGAGUCGGGAAGAACCGAACUUGGAGCUAUGGGAGUUUCGCUUCAACCUCAAACCCCAAGUCGACACGAGAAGAGUCUAGGAUUGCUUACAACAAAAUUUGUAACUUUGCUACAAGAGGCCAAGGAUGGAGUUCUAGAUCUGAAAGCAGCAGCAGACACCUUAGCUGUAAGACAGAAGCGCCGUAUCUACGACAUUACCAAUGUGCUCGAAGGCAUCGGAUUGAUCGAGAAGAAGUCCAAGAACAGUAUUCAGUGGAAGGGUGUUGGUCCUGGCUGUAACACGCGGGAGAUAGCCGAUAAGCUCAUUGAGCUGAAGGCAGAGCUGGAUGAUCUGGACAAGAGGGAACACGAGUUGGAUCAGCAGAGGGUCUGGGUCCAGCAGAGCAUCAAGAACGUUACAGACGACUCACAGAAUAGCCCUAUGGCUUAUGUAAAACACGAAGACCUCUGCAGUGCAUUCAAAGGUGACACCCUCCUAGCAAUCCGCGCUCCCACAGGAACACAGUUGGAGGUGCCCAUACCGGAGUCUGUACUGAAUGGACAGAAGAAGUAUCAGAUCCGUAUCAAGAGCUCAGCAGGACCCAUUGAGGUUCUUCUAGUAAACAAGGACCCGUCCAGCCCGUCUCCCGUGGUACUGCCCGUCCCCCCACCAGAGGACAUGCUCCAGAGCCUGCCAGUGCCUGCUGCUGCUAACCCAAAACCAGCACCUGCUGCCCCCUCCCAGCCCAACCAGCCGAUGACCCCCUCCUCCAACCCCAGUUCAGCCACACUCUCACCUGCUUCCACAGCUACUACCAACCUGGCAGUCACCACCGCAGUGUCUAGCAAAAACGCCAGCACACUGACUGUUUCCACACCCACUACAAACACAACUGCCCAACCGACAACCCUGUUGGACAACCAGCCUCUCCAGUCCUCUGCCUCAUUGGAUGGCUUCUCUUCCUCAUCUUCAGCAAUCUUUGGACCAAUCAAGACUGACCCCUCAGAAUUGCUGGAUUUCCCCAAAGAACUUUCUGAUAUGUUUGACCCAAGUAAAGAGAUCAUGAGUGCAGACCUGUUGGAGGAGUUGAUGUCUUCUGAAGUGUUCUCUCCACUCCUCCGUCUGUCCCCCCCGCCGGGUGACCACGACUAUAUCUAUAACCUUGACGAAACCGAAGGCCUUUGUGACCUCUUUGAUGUUCCUAUCCUUAAUCUUUGACCUCCGAGCUGAGUUCCCAAUAGUGUAUUAUGUAAGGAAAUCUAAGAACAAAACAUAUUGACCAUUUUUAUAUGGGGGGAAAAAAAACAAAUGACUGAUUUUUAUUUUUGGAUCCCUAUGUAUUAGAAGAUUUUUCUGUGUAAAAAAAAAAAAAAAUAAUAAGAAAAAAAAAAUGUCAGUCUGAUGCUCUUCUUUCUCUUACCCAAAUCGUUCCCAAAUCUUUCCACUAAACAUUAGCAGCAAAUGUUUCAGGAUGUAGUGGCUCUAAGUAAGAUGAAAAGGGGGGAUAAAGAAAUAUUGUCCUCUCCGAACUGAACUGAUGAUCUCUCUGGGGAAAUUCCUUUCUCAUGCUGAUCUGUGAUGAACUAUAUUCUCUCCUUCCAUCUAUGGUUUGAAGUAAGUUACAAACUGGCAAAAGCAGUCAUCAUUGCACUCUCAUCAUUGCACUCUCAUCAUUGCACUCUCAUCAUUGCACCUCAUCAACACAGUGUCAACAGAUUCAGAGACACCCAGGCAGCUGCACACACUCAUACAGUACAUGUGAAUGUGUACACACACACACAGCUGAUCAAAUAUGCACUGUUGUUCUGUGUAUAUAGAGAAUAUAUAUAUUUUGUAUUACCAGCAUUUGUGGAGUUAAAUGUGUAAUGAACUACAUAUGUAAUGCAGUGAGACAGUAAUAGUGAACCAGGGUUCCAGACGAAGACAGGAUAAGAGAAAGUUUCAGGGUUUUUUUUAGGUGUAAUGCACAUUGAAUUAACUGCAACACGUCUAUCAUUCAUCUUGGUCCCCUUGCCUUGUUUUGUCAUUGUUUUCUUUCUUACACGUUUCACUCACUUUACAACAUUUAUCUGUGUCACUCUUGGUUUGUCUUACAAUUAUUAUGUAUAUAAAUAUUUUAUUUAGUCGAUGUAAAAUAAUGUUUGUAGCUGUUAAAAAAAUACAUGAAACAAUCAUUAAUUCCUAUAAAGUAUGGUAGCGUUUUGAGUGUUGUCUUUGUAUAUGUUGCUCUGAUCCGUGUUCAAUAGAAAAGGUCCCCCCACAUACUUUCACCCUGACUAUGGAAAUACAAAUGUUGCCUUGGUUCUUUGUGUGAGAGAAUAGUUGUUCUUAAUUUCGUUCUGUUCAUUUUUGUUUUAUUUCUUUCCCAGAAGACAUUGUUUCCUUUUUUGUAUUAUAGAGCAGCAUUUAUUUUUUAUACCUGUCAGAUAUAUUACCGAUUUGGGUGUAUAAAAUAUAUUCUCAAAAUACGAUAA